AGUUUGAGUCUAUUUGCUGCUAUUCUAGGCUUCAAAGUGACUUGCUGUGCAGAAAGCACCUCAUUUUGAAUGUGUAGUCUCACCAGCUUUCAGACUCGUAAUAAAGAUUCUCACUGAGAAUCUUUAGGAAGAGUUUAGUACCUAGGAUUUCCUAGAAAUAACUUUAAUUCCUGAUCUAAUUUCAUAAUGUGGCUGAUAUUUUAACAGACUCUUCUCUUCAAUUACUUCUGGUCUCUCAUGAUUGCAUUACACUUCCUGUGCAGUCUAAUAUUCCUAUGAUCAGUUGCAUAUGGAAAAGUGGUAAGAAUGUCUUCAAUGAGAGCGCUCUACAGCUGGCUAAAGUUUUUAAUAAGUGACCGUGACAGAGACCCACAAUGUAACCUCCACUGCUCCCGGUCCCAGUCCAAACCUCUCUGCGCCUCGGAUGGCAGGACUUACGAGUCAAUGUGUGACUACCAGAGAGCCAAAUGCAGGGACUCAGCUCUGAGUGUGGUGCAUCGAGGCAGAUGCAAAGAUGCUGGCCAAAGUAAGUGUCGAUUAGAGAGGGUCCAGGCGCUGGAACAGGCAAAGAAGCCCCAAGAAGCGGUCUUCAUUCCAGAAUGCAAUGAGGAUGGAUCAUUCACACAAGUGCAAUGCCAUACCUACACCGGAUACUGUUGGUGUGUCACUCCUGAUGGCAAACCCAUCAGUGGCUCUUCUGUACAGAAUAAAACUCCUGUAUGUUCAGGUUCAGUAACUGAUAAGCCAUCGAGCCAGGGUAACUCAGGGAGGAAAGUUUCUUUUCGGUUCUUUUUAACUCUCAAUUCAGAUGAUGGUUCGAAGCCCACGCCCACUAUGGAGACCCAGCCUAUUUUUGAUGGUGAAGAAAUCACAGCUCCCACACUUUGGAUCAAGCACUUGGUUAUCAAAGAUUCCAAACUGAACAGCUCCAGUAUAAGAAAUUCAGAGAAAGUUCACUCAUGUGACCAGGAGCGACAGAGUGCCCUGGAGGAGGCCAGGCAGAACCCCCGCGAGGGUAUUGUCAUCCCAGAGUGUGCUCCUGGCGGGCUGUACAAACCAGUGCAGUGUCAUCAGUCCACAGGGUACUGCUGGUGUGUCUUGGUGGACACGGGACGCCCCUUGCCUGGUACUUCUACCCGCUAUGAGACACCGGUGUGUGAAAGUGAUGCUAGAUCAAAGAGCACAGAGAUUGAUGAUCCAUUCAAGGACCGAGAGCUUCCAGGCUGUCCAGAAGGGAAGAAAGUAGAAUUUAUCACCAGCUUACUGGAUGCUUUGACUACGGACAUGGUACAGGCCAUUAACUCAGCCGCACCUGCUGGAGGUGGGAGGUUCUCUGAGCCAGAUCCCAGUCACACACUGGAGGAACGAGUGGUACAUUGGUACUUCAGCCAGCUGGAUAACAAUAGCAGCAGUGAUAUCAACAAGCGGGAGAUGAAGCCCUUCAAGCGGUAUGUGAAGAAGAAAGCCAAGCCCAAGAAAUGUGCUCGACGCUUUGCUGACUACUGCGACCUCAACAAGGACAAGUCUAUCUCACUGCUGGAGCUAAAGGGGUGCUUGGGAGUCGGUAAGGAUGGAGGUAGUGCUAGCAGUUUCCCCCAUGGAAAAAGACAAGGCAUUAACCCUUUCAGACGCCUGGUCUAGGAGCAGAUCUGAAUAGAAGACAGGAGGGCCACCCAAGGAUGGACAGACGGACACCUUGCUGCCUGCAACCAUGCAUGUGGCAUUGGCAACAUCCAGCAUAGCAGAAGUGGCACCCAGAAUGUUUGCACUUUUUAAAAUGAUUGGUUUGGGUUUUUGGUUUGUUGUUAAUGCCAUUAUCUAAUACUUUGGAGAGUGGGAAAAAGAGAGCAUGACUUAAAAAAAAAAAUUGGACAGCUACUGACAACUUACGUUUCUGAGUUCAUGGGGACUCAAGAAGAAAGAGAUGUUUAUAUACUGUAUAUAAAUAUAUAUGUAAAUUGUACAGUUGUCUUGUACAGGGGUAGGAGUCACUGCUUGGUCCCUCCCCUCAAUUUCAUAGGCUGUUAGAGUUAAAAGGGACACCUUGACUUCUGGUAUCCAGUAAUGUAGUGAUGUCUGCAAACUAUCCAACCUCUGGCCACAAAUUGCGCUCUCUUUUUCUAGCAUCUCUGCUUGCAUAAAAGCAAGUGUAUUGGCAUAGGUUGUGUUCACAGAUGUGCACGGGAGUUUCAUUCAUGCAGUCGGCCAGAUGCCUCCUUGGAGUUAAUACACCCAGUGGAGAAUACACCCAACUGCCAGUGGAGUUGAGGAACCACUGCAAUGUACAAGAUUGGGCCUUAGAGAGCAAUGCUCCUUUCCAUCAACACACUGGAGAACUGCCAGGAA